AUGUUCUUCAAGCAAUACAACUACAAGCCGCGCAGCAACAGCCAGUCCUCUCAGGGCUCGGCCUCUGGCAGCCCGCCCAAGGAGGAGGCCAAGGCGAACAUGGACGCCACGAGCACCGCAGCCAGCGCUGCAGCCGCAGGGCGAAGACGGUCCUCCGGGUCGGACAAGUUUGCCGGCCUCACGGGCCAGAAGCGCAACAGCCAGGACGACCGCAAGGCCAACUGGAGCGACCAGAAGCCCGGCCAGCCGGGCAUUCUGGGCGGCAUGUGGCAGAACUUCACCAAGGGGUCUUAA